AUGAAUAAUGCUUCAAGUGAAAAAAGUGAAAUUAAUAAAACUACAAAUCCCUCAGGUCAAGUAUGUGAAGUAACUGAUAUUACAGGAGAGAGAAUGGAUAAUAUAGUAUUAGAUAACAACACUGAUGAAAAAUGUGCAAAACAAAGUGGCGAAAUUACUGACUGCCAUAUGAAGGAUAUUUCAAUCAAUGACAGAGGUGAUACUAAUGAAGUACCUGUGGUAUCAGAUGAGAAACAAGAGAAAAGUAAAGAAAUUGGUCAGAAAAUGGAAGAAGAUGCGAACAUUGCAGAGGACAAUGAUAUGAUUGGAUCUGAUAAACAACAGCACAAUAUAGAAGAUAUAAAAAUAGAAUAUAAGACUGAAGAAUGUACUGUAAGCAAAGAUAUAGUUCAAAAUGUUGAAUAUAGUGAUGAACCAAGUUCAUUAGACAUUAAAGAAAACUCCAAAAUGGAUGACUGUGAAAUUAUAUGUCUGGAAAAUUAUACAGUUGAAAAUAAAGUCAGCUCAAGUAUUGAUUUGUGUGAUGAUGACUUUAAAGAAAGUAAAGAGGAAGAUGCUGAAUUACAUAGAGAAAUUGGUAAUAGUAGUUCUGCAGUUAUUAUACAAAAUAAAAUAGAAUUAUUAACCUGCAGAGAGUUGACACCCAGUAACUCGGUUAUGGUAGAUCAUUCCAUUACUGAAAACUUGCCUGAUUUUUAUCAAAAACAAGUUGUUACCGUUAAAGCUCCAGAUGAACAGCUCAUACCCAGAAAUGUGUUCCUAAACAAUACUGCCUAUGUUUUGAAUUUAGAGAAUUUGAAGCUAAAAUCUGUCACUCCAGCACCAUCAUCUAGUACCAGAACAUACAGUGUUUCUGACGAAGCUAAUGAACAACAUGUGAGGAGAAUUGGGGGUGCCUUCCCUGAAAGCAACUUUCAUUUUAAUUCACAAUUUUUCCCUAAUAUGAGAUUCCCGCAACAACCACAGUUUCGACAAUAUACUUACUGGACUCCAUACCAAUGGACCUACCAAAGACCGUUUUUUACUAACAUGCCUUUCAGGUUUCAAUUCUUUCCAAGAAUGCAACCCAUGUUCAGGUGCAUCCCUUUGCGUUCAAUGAUUCCUAACCCGAUCGAAAAUCCUGAUUCAAGAAGAGCAAAGAAAAGGAAACGAGACAAUCCCAAGAUGUACCAUUUGGAAUCCAUCAAAAAGCUGGCUUUAAAGUUGAAGUGUCUGGUAGCUUCAGGGAAUAGGCAAGAGCAAAAUAUUCAGGCAUUACAGAGACUGAUACAAACCUACAAUGUAAGAUACAAAGCGAGAAUAGAACUCACACCUCAACUGGAUAUAGUAGAAAAUGAAAUCAUUCUGGAGACCAUUGACUUGGAUGAUGACGAUCAGUCUAGUCCAAGAAAGAAAAAGAGAGAAGAUAUGCAGUCAUAUGAUGAGAACUUCAAUGCAUUGAAACAGUUUUCUGUGAAGAUUAAAGAUCUUGAAACUAAGAAAUUGCUUACAACGCGGCAUAAAAGAGCAUUUUCGAAUGUUGUCAAAACGUUUAACAAAUCUUAUAAUGCUGAUGUUUAUGUUGACUCCAAUUUCGAUGUCAUUGAUAGAAGACGUAUAGUUAUUGCGUCAUCAUCUGACUCAGACUGUGCUGUGGAAGAAGUUCAGACCUCUAAGGAAGAUGCUUCAAAACCAGGAAAAAGUAAAAAGCUAAGAAACCCGUUUUACAUUCUGAAGCAACUGUCAGAGAAACAGAGUCCAGCCAAAAGUUCACAAGACGUGAGUGAAUCUAGUCGAAUUACUUUAAAAAAGAAGUUCGAAUACACUGAUCAUUUGAAAAAGAUGUUCAGUAAAUAUUGGUUGCCCAGUGAAGACGAUUUUGGUAGAGCGGAAGUGCCUCUUAGAAGCAAGAUUAUGUAUCAAAUGGACCAUAAUGAAGAAUUUCUUUACCAAUUUAUAAAAAGUCAACCAGUAAGGUUCAAUAAUUGGUUGGAUGCUAAAAUAGCCUAUUGGCAGUCAUGUAAAGAAGCAGCCCUAAAAUAUGAAGCCCACACCCAAAAUGAGAGCAUCCAAUUAGACUCAAUAAUAAAACCCGAAGACUGUACAGAUCUUCGUAAUGUUUUGAAGAAGUUGAGCAUCAUAAAGACAUCAACUGACGUGGAAGAAGAAUGCAGACUUAGUGUACAUUUUGAUGUUUAUAACAGAGAUGUGGCGAACUUUAAGAAAACCAAGAAACCAACACCGCACUUCAGGGUUAUCUGUAUUGCGGAGUCCUCUAUAUUUCCAUCAGGCGUGGAAUUCGCUUCGCUCCACUCCAAAUUCGACGACGACGUAGUAAUUCUCUUCGCCAUAGUAGGAACGUCAUCCAUCUCAUACCUUCAGAUGAACCCAGUGGACUUACCUAUUUACUUACCUAAUAACGAACUACCAUGAAUUUUAUAAGAGGGAAUAUAAUAAAACUGUUGAUUUUUA